GACAUAUGUGUGAGUGGUGGAAGGGAGAGAGAUAUCCCGGGAGGGGUAGAGUAAGGGGCCAGCUGCAGGCCACUGAGAGUAGUCGCUCAGCUGAUCCUGCAAGAUGGCGCAGUCAGAUACUGGAGGAGUGAAGGCAUUUCCCAUUGAGGGACCCUUCAAAAAUGAGCGAGCUCGUCUUGCUGGCAUGACUGAUGCUGAUCGAGCUUAUCGCAAGCAGUGGUUAAAAGACCAGAUUUUAGCAGAAAGCGAGCCUGCCGUUGUCCCAGGAUAUUACAAGGCUCGAUACAACCCUAUCCGUCGCUUUUACCGUUGGCCUCUUGACACACUCUUCAAACCACUAGUACCUGUCCUGGGCUAUGAAACUGCAGCCAAGUACCGUUGGUUCACAGGAAAGUUUGGCCUAGUAUUUGCUUUUGGUCUUUCUACAUAUUAUUACUUCAAAUAUAACCAGAAUGAUUGGACACGGAAAGGUGGCUGGCGAGUAACAAAAAGCAGAAAGAUGGUCACUCCAAAUGACCCAAGAUUCCCCAUGGUAUCAGAUAGAAAGGAAGGUGCUGAUUAUGCUUCUCGGGAGUUUAAGUCCUCUCCAAUUUGAACAGAGCUUUGUGUAUAAAAUCUAAGCAAAGGUAUUUUGAACAUUACAGGUUUUUUCACAUAAUAGCACAGCUCCAUAUUGGAUUAAAAAAUUUAGUGGCCAACAGUCAUUAUAGUUUAAUUUAAUGUAAAUAGGUUGGGUGACAUGCCUGAAGUAAAUGAUUAUUAUUACAGUA